AGGCAGCUGGAAAAGCCCAAAACCUCCCUCGCACACAGGGAGCCCGGAAAUGGCGACCAUCCCUCUCCUCCCCUAUCCGUUCAGCCACCACCUCCACGGGCCCUCUACCUUCUCCUCCAAUCCCAAGCCCAAGCCAUUGCCCCCUCUCCUCUCCCUCUCCCACUGCAGCAGCCCUGCAUCCCUCCCCCUCCUCACGCGGCGCCGGCGCAAUGUCUCCUUGGCCUACGGCGACGGCGACAUGGACGACGACUUCGGCGACUUCGACCCCGACGACGCCGACGGCGUCGGCGAGGACGACGACGUCGACAACGAGCAGGACUACGACGUCGACUACGACCGCCUCCUCGCCCCCGUCAAGCCGCCGCCUUUUUCGCUCUCCCAGGGAGGGGAAGAGGGGGACAUCGCCAUGGUCGCCGCCGAGAGCUUCGUUUCCACGCAGGACUCCGCCUUCGACACCGUCGUCGACUACACCGUCGACGAGGACGAGUUCCACAAGAUUCGCCUGCUCCACUGCGACUUCCUUAUCCGAAAGGUGCCCGACCCCGACGACGACGUCUUCGACUUCAGAGAGAUGUACGUCACACCGCCCGACACUGACAUCUACUCCAUUCCGAGGGUUCUUGCCCCAAUGCCACAGAAGUACGUGAGGUGCACGAAGAAAAACUUUGGCCGCUACUACGUAAGUGAGCCACCAGUUGAGCAAUUGCGUGAUCCCCUGUACAAGACAGAGAGGGAGAUCAUGAAGGUUUUCUUAACCAAACACUAUAGAAACAGGCGUUCUGAUGACCCAGAUUUCUUCCUUGAUUUUGAGGAGAUUUAUGUCAUUGAUUCAAAAACAAGGUCAAUCACAAGAGCGAAAGUUGUGGUUAGUGUUCCUGAAGGAAAGAAAAGAGAUAGGCAAAAUGACCUGCUACUCAUACGCGAUGGAGGGGAGUCUUUUAGAAUUAUCGACAAGACUAAAAGGGACGAUGCCAGCACUGUCAUCCAAAGAGAAGAGUGGGCAAAGUCGAGACAAGAUGUGGAGAAGCAUUUCAGGAAGCUCCGAGACUUUGACUAUUCGAAUUGGUUCUGAAGAAAGGGCUGUUGGAUUUCUUGCAGAGAAAAAACCCCUGAUAUGCAGCAAUUUUGCUGUUCCUGCUGAUGGUUAUAUUGGAGCAAGCUACCGGCGUGAUCAAAUGGUAAAUGCCAUUUUGAAGUAGAAGGUUGUGUGUAACAUUAGUUGUAACAGGUAGAAUCUAUACCAUCUAGGGAGUAUGCGUGCACAAAAACUGAGAUUCUGGUGAUGGUAAUGAAUAUGUGGCACUUCAGCUUUUUUUUCCUGC